AUGGAAAUAAGAAAACGAAAUACGGGGAUCCCAAUCAAGGAGGAUCCAAUCACUAGCGAGCAUUUGGAUGACCGUGAUGAACAUAGAUCUCGUCGGAACAGCAUCAAUUGGCUAUAUUUGGUUGUGCUUUCCUUGGGUUGGGUAGGUGUUGUUCAUUAUUUUGAGAGAAUUGUCCCAUAUAGAAUCAUCGAGAAAUGCCAAUGGAAGCAAUGGGAGAAAUGGCCACUGGAUAGAGAUGUUCAUAGAAUUGCCCUUCUUGCUGAUCCUCAAAUUGUGGAUGAUUAUUCUUAUCCUAAACAAUUCAAAUUCUUCAACUUUUUUGUUAGAGCCGGGGCCGAUAAUUAUCUUCAUAGAAAUUUCCAGAUUAUGCAAGAAAUAUUAGAUCCAGAUACAACAAUAUUCCUUGGAGAUUUAUUUGAUGGAGGAAGAUACUGGGAAGAUGAUCAAUGGAUUGCAGAGUUGAAGAGAUUCAAUAAGGUAUUUCCUAAAAGAGUUAAUAGAAGGGAUAUUCGAUCAAUUCCGGGGAAUCAUGAUAUUGGAUUCCAAACAAUUCAUAAACAUAUUCAAGAUAGAUUUGCACAGUAUUUUGGAGAUCUCAAUGACUAUAUAGAAUUAGGAAAUCAUACAAUUGUGAUGUUUGAUUCUAUUUCGCUUUCACAUCCAAAUGAAACAAUUUUACGAGAAUCUCGGGAAUUUCUUGAAUCCAUAAAUCAAAGGAUAAAUCCAGCUUAUCCUAGGAUCAUAUUGACACAUGUGCCCCUUUAUAGAUUUCCAGAUAGUCAACUAUGUGGUCCAUUAAGAGAAUCAAAAAAGUUGUUUCCACUUGUGAGAGGAGACGAAUAUCAAACAGUAAUUGAAUAUGGGUUUUCACAAGAAAUAUUGAAAACCAUACAACCAGAGAUCAUAUUCGCAGGCGAUGAUCAUGAUUAUUGUGAUAUUAUCCAACAUUAUCAAACACUGAACGGGAUUGAUAAGCAGACUAGGGAAAUUACUAUGAAGUCACCUGCUAUGACAAGUGGGAGGCUUAUCGUCGCCUAG